AUAUCGCAUAUAAUGCGUGGAAAAGAACUUGUCGCGUGUAAUUAUGUCGCUUUUAUGAAUAAAACGCUCAGUGAUUUGUAUUCUAACAAGAAAUUUACUGUUGUUAGUGAACACAGCAUGUGUUCGUACUAGGUACCUUCUGGAAAUUUGGAUUUCAUGAUAUUUUUUUCGUAUUUCGAUAGAAAUUGCAUGAGUCAUUUCCAAGUAAGGCACUGGCAUUCAACUGGACUUAUUUUCUGUUUGAUUUAAUACUAAUUUUUUUAAUUAUCUUAACUCGUUGUUGCGAUAAUGAAGGUGCUGUUCUUAAUUAUACUUUUGGUAAUUUUUACAACAACAGAUGCAUAUGGAUUCCUCACUAAAGACAAAGGUAAAACUAUAGGAAAACGUAAGCAAGCUUCAACUUUGAAAAAGACGGUGGUCGUGGAUAAAACUGGAUUAGCAAAAAAAUCAUCAAUUCCAAACAGUACACCAAAGGCUAUUGUGGCAAAUAAACCACUCUCUGCUAACGAAAAAACUCUUCCACCAACUGUAAAGAAAGCAACUGUUGAUAAAUUACAACUUAUUGAGGAACAGCAUUACCAUGGAAAUCGGGAGCUGCUGAUCAAACAUUUACAAAGACAGAUUGAGCUGAAAAAGAAACAAGAGGUUCAACAGCAACAAGGAGCUCAUUCUAAGAUAACUUCGCAAACUAAAAUUAAACAGAAACCAAAUAAACAGAAGCACCAACAACAGAUACAGCAGACAAACGACCUCGUUCAUAAACAAAAAGGACAACAACCAGAUAUUCGUCAUGCUAUUCAGGAAAGAACGAGUGGUAAUAGCCCGGAGAGACUUAAGCAACAAAUGCAACCAAAACAACAAAAUAUGCAGCUACUACAAACUCAUCAAGAACUGGCACAUCAAGUUCAACCUCAACAACAUCAAUUAGCACAGCAACAACAAAGUAUUCAGCAGCAACAAAUGCAAAUUAGACAUCAUAUUCAACCGAAACACAGCCAGCAAAAUAUACAAUUUUCACAACAGCAUAACCUGCCACAACAAGCCCAGCAACAACAAAGUAUGCAACUGCUACCACAGCAAUCCAAUAUGAUGUUGCAGCAGCGGCACAGCCAACCGCAACAGCGCCAACAACUUCACAAUCAACAGAACCUGCAUCUGUCUCAACAAUCUAACAUGAUCUCGCUACAACAUGGAAACCAGCAGCAACAAAACAGUCAACAGAUACUAAUUCCACAACAACAAAAUUCUAUCCAGCAACUUCCACUGCAGUCUCAGAAUAACAUUUUACAAGACAUAAACCAUAUCGAACAAAGCUUUCUGCCGCAGCAGGACCUAUUGCAAAUACAAAAUCAGUUUAAAAAUAGAAACAAAGUACCACCCCAGAUGCAAAUGCAGCCGAUGGAUAUGCAUCAACCUCUGAAUUUCAUGCAAAAUGAAAACCCAGCUUAUAAGUCUAUUCAGACGCAUGCGCAGAUACAAGUUCAACAACCGAUUCGCAUUCAACGAUUACAACAACAACAACACAAUAAACUAGUGGCAAAUCCGGUACAAGUUGGUCAACACAACACAAAUGUGUUACAAGGACAACACGUUUUGAUGCCAAUCAACAAUCUGCCAAUGGUUCCUGAACGAUAUGUUCUUAUGGGCAAUACCGGUACCAACAAUAACAACCAUGCACCCGCACCUGUUACACCAACCCCUUUGUCAACCACGACAACAGCAAAACCAACAACAACAACUACUACUACAACGCCAAAACCAAUUACAACAAUGCCUACCACUACAACCAGAGCGGAAGAACAUACCAUGAAGAGGGAAACUGGAAGUUUUAAACAACGUUUUUUCGAAAAGGAGAUGCGGAAACAGGAUCUGGAAAUUGUAAAAUUAGAACUAGAAAUUCGUGCUCUUAAGAGGGCGGAAAGAAUUGAAAAGUUACCAAAGGAGUUUGAAUUAGAAGCUAAAAGGCGGGUGGCUAAGACACCUACCCCUACGACAACCACUACUACUAACCCUUUCUUCGAUAUGAUGGGAAAUAAGAAGAUGAAGUUUCCCUUUGACUUUUGACAGAAGCCUGUAGAUAUUCAUCCUAAAUCUACAGUGAAGUAUAAAACUGAAUAUGAGAUCGAAGCAGAAAUUGCUCAGCAUAAACCUUAUGAAAAACAUGAUUAUGGCAGUCAGGGAACAGCAAAAGAAAUGCAAACAUUAAGUCCAGAAACAUUGAAAAUUGAUCCUAUUAAUUUUGAUUCUACAUCUAUGAAGCUGACAUUUCGGGUAACGCCUAAAUUAAAGAAUAAACGUAAACCUUA